CUCGCAACUAUUAGUAAAUAUUCAAACCCUCCCCCAAAAAAAAUGAAUUUCUCAUUGACAUAAUAGUAAGUAUAAAAAGGGAAUUUAGAUUUAAGAGUUUUUAAAGAUUUGAUUUUUUUUUUUUCAUUUCUGAUUUCACUACGGAAGCUUCUUCUAUAAAUUACAGCUUCCUUCUUUUGUCUUUCUCUUUCUCUCGAAUUGUUUUUUUGGUAUAGGGGAAAUUUGACAUUUUCCGAGGAAAGAAAGUUUUGUGCUGUUUGUUGCGCGAGAAAAAGAAAAAAAAAAAAGUAGAGAUGAGAGGCGCAAAUGGAGAAUCCAGAGCUAUGAAUAACACUUUGGAGACCAUACAUGCUGCUGCUAACGCGAUCGCUUCAGCUGAGAAUCGUGUUCCACAAGCUACGGUUCAGAAGAGAAGAUGGGGUAGCUGCUGGAGCAUAUAUUGGUGUUUUGGAUCUUACAACCAAAAAAAGCGAAUUGGGCCUGCUGUUCUUGUUUCUGAAACGAGUGCUUCUGGUGUUAAUGUGCCUACUGCUGAAAAUCCAACCCAAGCACCCACCAUAGCGCUUCCUUUUGUUGCACCACCCUCCUCUCCUGCAUCUUUCCUUCCAUCUGAACCCACCUCCGCUACACAGUCUCCAGCUGGUUUAGUGUCUUUCACCUCUAUUUCUGCUAAUAUGUACUCUCCAGGGCCUGCUUCUAUUUUUGCAAUUGGCCCUUAUGCACAUGAAACUCAGUUAGUUUCACCACCUGUUUUCUCAACCUUCUCCACUGAACCGUCAACUGCUCCUUUUACUCCUCCUCCCGAGUCAGUGCACUUGACUACACCUUCCUCACCAGAGGUGCCAUUUGCUCAGUUCCUUGGCCCCAACCUCCAGUAUGGAGUGGUUGAACAGAGAUUCCCAAUAUCCCACUAUGAAUUUCAGUCUUAUCAACUUCAUCCUGGGAGCCCUGUUGGUCAACUGAUCUCACCAAGCUCAGGAAUCUCCGGUUCUGGCCCCUCAUCUCCUUUCCCUGAUGGUGAUUUUGCUGCUGGUCUAUGCUUUCCCGAGUUCCGAAUGGGUGACCCUCCCAAGCUCUUGAACCUUGAUAAACUUUCCAACCGUGAAUGGGGAUCACAUAAUGGUUCCGGCACUUUAACUCCUGAUGCUACAACAUCUACACCUCGCAAUGGUUUUCUUCUGGAUCAUCAGAUCUCUGACAUUGUGUCACAUCCAUAUUUGGAUAGUGAAAACCAAACUGAUCAGGUUGCAGUUAAUCAUAGAGUUUCAUUUGAGUUGACUACUGAAAAAGAUUUAAGAUGCGUGGAAACUGAGACAGCAAAGCUGUCUGAGGCUGUGUCAGAAUCUCUACAGAAUGAAGCAACAAAAGAGAGAGAAGAAACCGCCACUAAGGUGGUGGAUGAUUAUGAAUGUCGUCUUGGUGAAACAUCCAACGAAAGACCAGAGAAAGCUCCAGAAGAUAAGGAAGGCAAACCACAGCACCAUAAGAAUCGAUCCAUCACUCUCGGGUCAGCUAAAGAAUUCAAUUUUGACAAUGUUGAUGGAGGUGAUGCCCAUAAGCCUAUUGUUAGUUCUGAUUGGUGGGCAAAUGAGAAGGUAGCUGGAAAGGAUGAUGGUGUCCCCAGGAAUUGGUCCUUUUUCCCCAUGAUGCAGCCAGGUGUAAGCUAACUUGGUAUGCAUUUUAGUUGAUGCCUUUUGAUUUCCCUAUCAUUCUAGGAAUUUAGGUGUGGCUUUGGGGAUUCAAUUAAUUUGGUAACAGCAACAGAGCGCAAUUAUUCAAUCAAAUUAUAGAUAAUUUUAGGGUUUUGACUCAGAUGGCAUAUUGCAUGAUUGGCAAUGCAUUAAGGCUGUUUUUGACUCCUUCGUGAUUAGAAAAUAGGGUCUUAUAGGAAUGUUUCUUUUGUUACAAUAUGUAUUAUAUUUCUAAUUUUGUCAGAUAGAUGUCAAAACAGUCUUUUUGAUUUUGUGCCCUUAAUCCUCAUUAUGUAAAAUAUUAAUGAUAGAAUAGAAUAAUAGCAGUGAAGUUAAAGAUUGAAAAAUAAAUAAAUAAAUAAAUAAAUAUAUAUAUAUGAUGAUCAUGUCUACUUAUGCCGUCUGCAAAUUGACCAAGAUUCUACUCGUGACAAUGGUACUUAAAGAUGUUUUGCUGUGGUAAUGGGAUAGUUGGUGUUAGUUUUACAUUAUUGUAGGGUAAUAUUCAGGCAAUUGAUGCCAUGCUACCAUGGAAGCCAUUCAUUUGUUUCUCCAUGUAACUAUUGCUUUGGUUCACUCCGAGGGACUAUUUGGGCAGACUUAUAAUUGAUAAAUACAAAAACGAUUGUUAUUUCUAACCUCUUUCUUGUUUCUUGCUUAAGUUUAGGGAUGUUGAAAAUUUUUAAAAAAUUUUUGAAACCAACGGAAAGUUGCAGCUGGAAAUGAAAUGAAUGAUCCAGAAAGCAAAGGGUGAGUGGAAAGUUUUGCGAAAGCCGGUUUGGGCUGAUGGGCUGUUUGGAGUCCACACUAACCCACAAGCCGAAGGGCCAUUCAUGGAUCGAAUUUAAACUCACUGCUAGAAGCCGAGAACGUUAAACAUCGCUGUUAAUUUUGGUUUUCAGAAACUAUAAUUUCAUUAAUAAAUCACUAGCAUGUUCAAUGUUACUAAAAGAAUUGGAUGAAUGAGAGGUGUUAACGCUUUAUGUUGUCCUGGUUCGUGGGCA